AUGGUUGCUCAGAAAACCAGCAUCGAAUCAUGGUUGGAUUUAAGCCCAACAGCCACCAACAAGUUUCUUGGGGCUGGCACUUCUGCCUGCAUCGCUGACCUCAUCACCUUUCCCCUGGACACAGCUAAAGUCCAGUUGCAGAUUCAAGGAGAGAGCUGGGGGGCCAUCCUAGCUUCCUCUGCCACUGCCCAGUAUCGGGGUGUCAUGGGCACCAUUCUGACCAUGGUGAAGACUGAGGGCCCUGGCAGCCUGUACAGUGGGCUGGUGGCUGGCUUGCAGCAACAGAAGUUUGCCUCUGUCCGCAUUGGCCUCUGUGACUCUGUGAAGCAGUUCUACACCAAGGGAUCUGAGCAUGCAGGCAUUAGGAGCCACCUCCUGGCAGGCUGUACCACAGGUGAACUGGCAGUGGCCACAGCCCAACCCACAGAUGUGGUAAAGGUACUUUUCCAGGCCCAGGCUCGUGCAGGUGGCAGCCGGAGAUAUCAGGGUACGGAUGCCUAUAAGACUAUCACCAGAAAGGAGGGCCUUCAGGGCCUAUGGAAAGGAACUUCACCCAAUGUUGGCCGCAAUGCUAUUGUCAAUUAUGCUGAGCUGGUGACAUAUGAUCUCAUCAAAGAUGCCCUCCUGAAGAUCCACCUCAUGAUUGGUGACCUUCCAUACCACUUCACAUCAGCCUUUGGGGCUGGCUUCUGCACCACCAUCAUUGCCUGCCAUGUGGAUGUGGUCAAGACAAGAUACAUGAAUUCUGUUGCGGGCCAGUAUGCCAGUGCUGGGCACUGUGCCCUAACCGUGCUCUGGAAGGAGGGACCCCAAGCCUUCUACAAAGGGUUCAUGCCUUCCUUCCUCUGCUUGGGAUCCUGGAAUGUAGUGAUGUUUGUCACCUACGAGCAACUGAAACGAGCCCUGCUGGCAGCUCACACUUCCCAGGAAGUUCAUUUCUGA